AUGACAGAGCUGCAAGAAAACUCUUCGGACCGCGUCAAGAGCGAACUCACCGCGAUGGCGCUCGACGCGUGGUACAAUGUCUACUCCACCACGCUGUCGGAGGACCCGAGCCGCAUGCCGACGUGCACCGUGACGUUGUCGGAGCCACUCGUUGAGGUGCUGCAGCCGGCAGAGCUCGAUCGCCUCAUCGGCAUCCUCGGGCUCCAGAGAGACGCUGACGGGACAGCACCGCAGAGCUUCUUUGUGACGCCUGGGCUGCUUGGACCCGGCCGGCGCUUUGACCGCCCGCUCAUCAACGCGGAGCGCGAUGUAAGAGAGUACUUUGACGAGCUGUUUGCCUCCAGGGGAGCCGAAAUCACACGACAGUGCCUUGCGAAUGAGCGGUGGAUUUGGUGA